CAGGGGGUGGAGCUUCUGGUUUGCGACCUCCUCCUGACUCUGAGAACAAGCCUAUGGCAGCGCGGGGGCGGCUCCAAUGGAGAUCCCGGCCCCGCCCCCGGAUCCCAACUGGCUGGAUUCCAAAGGGACCUGAGCUCUUUGCGGAAGCUUGGACAAGCCCACAGACAGGCCCAGCACAAGCUGUUCCUGCACGAGACGACGGUCAGGCUGAUGGCAGGAGCCAGUCCCACUCGCACACACCAGCUGCUGCGACACAGAACACACAACUACACAACAGCAGCCGCCGGCGGCGAGCGCGAGAGAGCUCAUGCUAUCCUGCUAGCGUGUCGUCACCUGCCGCUGCCGCUGCUAACGCCACCGGGUCACCGAGCUCGACUGCUGGCCGAAGCCAAGCGCACGCUGGAGAGAGUGGGGGACCGGCGCUCACUGCAGGACUGCCAGCAGAUACUGAUACGCCUGGGGGGGGGCACCACCAUCGCUGCGACAUAACACACACACACACACACUCACGCUGGAGAGAAUGGGGGACCGGCAGGACUGCUAGCAGAAACUGAUACGCCAUCAUCGCUGCGACAGCACACACACACACACACAUGAAAUAAUAUUAUAGUAUGUUAUAGUAAAAACUAAUUGAGUCAUUAUUGAUGAACACCUGAUGAUAACAAGCAGAAACACUGUAGUAUUUAGUAGGAAGAAUAUUAUAAUAUACUAUAGUGUUAUUACUCAUGUGGAACACUCCCACACACACACACACACACACACACACACUCUCCUUUCUAGCUCAUAUUCAGCCAUGCAUAUAGAAAUCAGUUAUAUUUAGUUUAAACAGAGUUUAGAAGUAAGUGUUUAAUUAUCAUAAUUAUAAUUAUGCUAAAUUACAUUAUCCAAGUGACAAAUCAGCAAUGCAGAAACUGUGUACACGAAGAACAAACACUCAUGAGGGAGAGAAACGGCAUGUGAUGAGCAGAACACACACACACACACACACACACAUGUUGUACAGAGCUGUGUCAUAGACCAAAGUCUUAUAGAGCGCUAGUGCGGGGUUUUAUAUAAUUAUUUCACAUGACGACUUUAAUGCCUCAUCAUAUGUAAUUACUUCAUAUUUUGUGUCUGGCGUGUUUUUGUUAUUUUCCUUUAGUAGUUUGUCUUUAUUCUUUUUUAUAUUUGGAAAUGUGACCGCGGGACAUUUAUUAUGAUAACACGUAAUAAUGAUGAAGAUGUAACGGUCACACACACACGACAGAAGAAGUGAACUGUAAAUAGAGUAAAAAGGAAUAUAAGUACUAGCGUGUGUGUUAUGUAGUGUUUUAUUAAUUUAAUCUAAAGGUUCAGGUUGUGUUUUAAUAUCUAACUGUAAUUCCGGUAUCUCUCUCUCACAUUCACUCUUUAUUUCAAGUGUUGGUCUGAAUUUCUACGUCUUUUGACUUUUUUUGUAAUAAAACAGCAAAUGCCGUUGAA